UAUUAGCCCGACAAUUUUUUGUGGGACGAUGGGGAUGGGGUCUAAGUGAAUGAGGACUGAACGCACUCGAUGACUCGAAUAUACAAUUUGCUGUUUGCUAUAAAUAGUUUAUAUUACUCAUCUUAUGUCUAAUACGGUUGAUUGUCUAUUUGCAUUGUUUCUUUAUAUUGGUCUUGCUUCGAUAAUAAUGAUAUUGUUAUCUCAGGAUAAAGUUACGUUGCUGGGUGCAUCCAAUCUGAGGCGGUACGGCAACAAAGUCCUACUACAACGCAACUGUCGGAUGAAGGUGUUAAACCAAAAAAAUGUUAAAAUUUACGUACAACUGGCCAUCGGCGGCCAGACAAUUGCCCAGCUGCAGAAACGGGUGCAGCGAUGCAAAUCGCCUAAUUUUAGUUACAAAUUGGCCAAGGAAGUGGUUCUAAUGAUUGGAACAAAUGAUAUUCUUAGGAAUACGAAAUACCAUAUAAUGAGGACGGGCCUCUUGCGUAUAUUGACAUCUUUAAAAAGUCAAGAGGUCCGGAAAGUAUACUUGUGUACGUUGGCGCCCAUUUUAGGCGCCACAGAAACCCAACGCGCGGCGUUGGAUCAGUACAAUAAUUUUAUUAGGGGUUACACAGAUAGACGCGUCCAAGUUUGUGAUAUAAAUGCAGCCCUUGGUGGAAGAAGGGAAUGUUUUGAGACAGACGGCAUACACCUCAACGGCUACGGGCUACAAGUAGUUCACAGUGUCUUGCCCGGUGAAUUAUUGUUAUAGAUUGUUUUUUUAGGCUAGUAGUUUGGUGAUGGGUUAGGUUAAGUCAUUCGUAUGUUUAAGUAGUUUUUAGUUUGGUGAUGGGUUAGGUUAAGUCAUUGGUAGGUUUAAGUAGUUCCUAGUUUGGUGAUGGUUAGGUAAGUCAUUGGUAGUUUCUAGUUUGGUAGUUGGUAAUUGGUAGGUUUUAGUUUGUGUUAGGCUGUUUGGUUAUGGGUAGGUUUAAGUUAUUAACGAUUCUCGAGAUCGUUUAUAAUUUUGUAUUACUGUCUGUGUGUCUGUCCGUGUCCGUGUACACGAUAACUUUGCUUAGGAGAAACGUCCGAUUGCUUUGAAAAUGUAUACACGUUCUUAAGGGCCGCAGGCCGCCAUUGUUUUUCGGCUACGUAUAAUUCGUGGUAAAAAAGUUUCAGCCUCAAAACGAAUUCGAGGAUCGCUCGGUAUUUAGUUUUAUCGGAUUUUUUCAUGUAUCUUUGUUUGGUACUUCCGGAUUCUAUACUCUCUUGCGUUUUUCUCUUGUUAUAAUUUUAAGUUCGACCAGCUGCUUUGUGGGACAGCGGUGAAAUCCCGUCAAAGAAGUUGGGCGUAAAUUAAGUAAUAUGUGAUUUGUAGCGGUGCAUUUCUUUGUAUUGGCCGCAGAGGGUAAACUUGACCACAUGUAUUCGGAAAUUGCCGAAAAGGAACAGAUCCUCUGAGGCCGCCGUAGAAAUCAGUUGUAUAGGUAGCAUUUGCGAUAAUAGUUAUAUUUAAUAGUUUUAAUAAAGUUGUACGCCAGUUUAGUUUUUUAUACAUAAUAAAGCCAUCUUGAAAAUAAAUUAUAAUUGAGCUAACACUCUGUAUAUCAUUUCAAUAAAUUAUUAAAUAUGGCACAAUCUUGAUGCCAUUGGGCGAGUAAGUUUUGUCUGAAUUAAACGAUAAUCUUAUACAAUCAAACUUCAAGUUUUUGAUUUCAGAUGUGAAUAGAAUCAGUAUCUAAUAGUUUAUUUUACAGACUGAUUUAUGUACUUACACAU